AUGCACUGGUAUAAAGGCAAUUCUUCAUGUGUUCUUUUACCAGAAAAUACCCAACAAAUAUCCUCAAUUCUUUCUCAUUGUUAUAAAAGAAAGCUUGCUUUAGUGCCCCAAUCUGGAAAUACUGGAUUGGUUGGGGGGUCAAUUCCGAUGCAUGAUGAAAUAAUUUUAUCAAUGAAAAAAUUUACUAAAAAUUUUGAACUGGAUUCGACUUCAGGUAUUUUGGAAUGUGAUUCUGGUUUUGUACUCGAAGAAGUGGAUAAUCGAAUAGCCAAAGAAGGGUAUAUGGUGCCUGUUGAUUUAGGGGCAAAAGGAAGUUGUUUAAUUGGCGGUGUUGUUGCUACAAAUGCUGGAGGGAUUAGAUUAAUUAGAUAUGGAUCUAUGCAUGCAAAUGUUACUGGACUUGAAGUGGUAUUGCCAAAUGAACAAGGUCAAAUUCUUCGUUUAGGCUCACCUCUACGUAAAGACAAUGCCGAUUUACAUUUACAUAAAUUGUUCAUAGGAUCAGAGGGGCAACUUGGAGUGAUAACUAAAGUAUUUAUGCAAGUUGUGCCGAGGCCGUUGUCUGUACAUUCUGCGAUGAUAGGUGUCAAUUCCUUUGAAAAAUGUCAACAAAUACUCAAAAUAGGUAAACAAAUGCUCAACGAAAUAAUUUCUUCUUUUGAAUUUAUUGAUGGGGAAUCGAUGAAAAUGGUUAAAGAAAAUGCUGGGCUGGAUUGCCCUUUGAGUAUUUUGUCUAAUUUUUUUCUUUUAAUUGAAACUUCAGGUUCAAAUGAGGAACAUGAUUCGUCCAAAAUGGAUAAAUUUUUAACUAAAAUUUUGGAAAGUGGACUGGCUGAAGACGGGGUUUUGGCUAAAAAUGCUUCCGAAGCAGACCAAUUAUGGAAAAUUAGAGAAAGUUGUCCUUUGGCAAUCAGAAAAGAUGGUUAUGUAUUUAAACACGACUUUUCUCUUCCUCUAAAAUAUUUUUAUGAAUUACCCGAAGCAGUUAGAAAACAAUUAAAUGGAAAAGCAAAAAGAAUAAUUUCAUUUGGACAUAUUGGUGACGGAAAUGUACAUAUAAAUGUUUCUAUUCCUGAAUAUGAUCAAAAAAUCUAUGAUUUAUUAUAUCCAUUUGUCUAUGAAUGGGUUUAUUCAAAAGGCGGCAGUAUAUCAGCAGAGCAUGGAAUUGGACACGUAAAGAGAACCUUCCAUCAUAAUUUAGUUAACCCAAAAAUUAGAGAAAUAAGUUCAUCAAUUAAAAAAUUGUUUGAUCCAAAAGGAAUACUUUCCCCGUACAAAAUGAUUGAUUUCUAG